UCACUAUUCCUCAUCGAAACGCAGUGGUGUGUACCUCACAGUCCUCACUCCUCCAGCCUACGGUCGUUAGGGUUAGGGUUUAGCCUCUUUAACUCCGGAGAUUCUUCUUCCUCUCCUCCGUCACUCUCAUCCAAUGGACCCAACAAAGAAGCGUAAGCUCGACGAGAAUGGUGUCGCCCCCUCCGCAGAAAACGACUCCUCCCACCCGAAACUCACCCCCGAAGACGUCCGCAAAAUAGUCGACCGCAUCGACAAGGACAAGCUCAUCGAUAUCGUGGCGGCCGCUGCUUCACGCCACGCCGACGUCCUGGACGGUGUCCGAUCCCUCGCCGAUUCCGAUGCCUCCCAGCGCAAGCUCUUCAUCCGCGGCCUCGGCUGGGACACUACCACGGAUGGCCUCCGCAGCCUCUUCUCCUCCUACGGCGAGCUGGAGGAGGCCGUUGUCAUCCUCGACAAGCAGACCGGUAAGUCUAAGGGCUACGGCUUCGUCACCUUCAAGCACGUAGACGGCGCGUUCCUCGCUCUGAAGGAGCCCAGCAAGCGGAUCGAUGGUCGCGUGACCGUUACGCAGCUCGCCGCCGCAGGGAACUCUGGUAACAUCGCAAACGCGAACUCAGGAGACGUGUCGAUGCGGAAGAUUUACGUCUGGGAGGUUCCGCACGACAUGUCUCCGGAUAAGCUGUUGUCCCACUUCUCGUCGUACGGGGAGAUCGAAGAGGGGCCUUUGGGGUUCGACAGGUUCACUGGGAAGUCGAAGGGCUUCGCGCUCUUCGUGUAUAAGACCGCCGAGGGAGCACAGAUGGCGUUGGCUAAUCCGGUGAAGACGAUCGACGGGAGGCAGUUGAAUUGUAAAUUGGCGAACGCAGAUGGGAAGAAAGGAAAGCAAGGAGGGCCGCCCGGCCAAGUCGGGCCAGAUGGUGUUCCGGGCCAGCUUUCGGGUACUGGGAAUGACGGGAUGGGUAUGGGUAUGGGUAUGGGUAUGGGAAUGGGAAUGGCGCAGGGUCCGAUUCCAGGGUCGCAGUACGGCGGGCCAGGCUCAAUCGGCACGUAUGGAGCGUUUCCUGGUGCACCGCCGAUGGGGAAUCAUCCAUUGAACUCGUCCUCGUUGGGUGGACCAGGGUUGUCUUCAGUUAAUAGCCAGGCGCCAUCGUCUUUGGGUGGGACUGCUGGCUAUGGUACUGGGCUAGCUGGGCCGUAUGGUGGGUAUGGGGGCAUUGGUGGGACUAGUGGGGGUUUGGGCGCUGGUGCUUCUGCGGGUGGGUCGUCUUCGUUGUAUAGAUUUCCGCCAAGUUCGGGGGGAAUGCCCUCUGGUGGGUAUCCGGACAGUGCGCAUUAUAGCUUGACGUCAUCGGCGGGGUAUCCGACUCAGCACCACCAGCCAGCGGGAACCUCGCCGGUGCCAAGGGUUCCACCUGGUGGAGGAAUGUACCCUAACGUACCGCAUUAUUUUUGAGGAAAGACAUGAGCCGUUUCUUUUAGUGGUGCCCAAAGAAGGUGUAUGAGAGCUUAUUCGGCGCUGAUGCUUUAUGUGGUUCUGGGUGAUUGCGUUAUUGCAGAGUUUGAUGAAUGCAUUAGCUGUUCCUUUACAGCCUCUCCGUCUUCACCUUUUGUAUUGUGGUUCUUUUGAGUGCUUGUAGUCAAGGCAACUGAGUUAGACUAGUUAUGUACUUCUAUCAGGAACCAUUGUGUCCAUCUGGGGUUUUUUAGUCAAUAAUAUAGUUUUAGUAAAACAAGUAAUGAAAAUAUGCUUUGCCUUCUUUAUUUGAGUGGAUGUUUGGUCUCAUAUAUUUCAGUUCAAGUUUUCCUGUCUUUUAUCUGGCUUCUCCUUGGUAUAUUUACUUCUUUCAACCACGCUCUACAUAACUUAAUGCAAGAAAAUAUUUUUUUAAUAGAUGCAAUUAUAAAAUAAAAAUAAAAAAUAAAUGUAUGGUAUGUUUGGCUGUGAAGAAGUCUGCAGGGGAAGGUUUAUUUACUUGCUUGAUGAAAUAGAAUCUGUUGUAUGUUGCAAUCAACCUCCUAGUGGGGGUUUCAGUGCUCCAUAUACACGCUGGUUUGGCAGUUGUAUCUUUAAGAUGGUGUGCACUAUAUCCAUGUCGGAUUUUCUUUUAUCCCAGCUGUUAUGUUUCGUAGAUUAUUUUAUUUUUCGAGUAAGUAGUGCGGUAGGUACAUUGUUUAUAUUUCUGUCUAAGUUUGUAAUGUUCGUGCACACUAUGGUUUGUUUGAGUGUGUAUUUGAAUUGUGGCGCAAUUGUCUUGUGGGAUCAGAGAGCUCAUUUUGUAUGGCAGUGGUUAAUUUAGUUAUUUUCUUUUUGUGUUGAUUAUUGUGGAAGUUGUACUGUGCUAAAUGAAGGUGCCUGCUAAAUGAAGUUUUACCCUGCUUUGGUGACCUUUUCAUUGUACUUUCUUGCAUUGGCUGUCGAACACCACUUGUUAAGGGGAUGUUGUGAACUGAUAGAUGUGUUCCAGUUGCACAGAUUCUGUUCUGUGAUGACCCGGGUUCCUUGAGUGCCAGUUGGAGAUGUGUCGCUGUUACCAUCAUGUAUAUUUUUCUCGUUUCUGCUCAAUGUUGUGAUCUUUCUACAUAUUACAUCAGAAAAAGGCUGCAUUGUGUUUUCAACCCAAAUCUUCACUACAGUCCAAAAUAAUCUGCUCUAGAAGGCAUGCUAUUCAAUUUGUGGUGUGAGCAGUGGCUGAUUGUUUUUAUUGAGCUUUGUAACUUGCUAGACCUGUCUGCUUCGUGAGUUCUUUUCAUCUUUCAUUUUAAUUUUCAUGAAUUCUCUCUCUCUCUCUCUCUCUCUCUCUCUCUCACAUAUGUCGUUUGCCUUCUGACUAAAAUGCAUUUCGGAGACGGUCUGUUUCCGUUUAUCUUGAAUUUCAGUAGUUACCAAGUUUAAAUUUACCCUUUUCGCUUAACUUGCGAAAAUCUAUUUCACAACUUCGUGAAGUUCGUCAUUGACACAAGCCGUUUUGGCUGCUUUUCAUAAAAGAUUGUCUCUGUAUUGCAACCUGGAUCACACUAGGAUUGUAAUAAGUUGGGUUGCCAAAUUGGGGGCCAUUUCUGUCGCGAAUUGUGUCGUGCAUACUUAAAAUCAAGGCAUGGUAUUGAGGUACAUUUUAGAGUUUUGUUCACGAGCAUGCCAAAUUAGGAGAUUUCUUUGUCAGGAGUAUGUAGAAUAGAUUUAGGGUUGGUUUGGAAUUAGAGAUGAGGUAAGAUGGUUUUAGAUGAAAGAUAAAAGUUAAAUUAAAUAUUGUUAGAAUAUUAUUUUUUAAUAUUAUUAUUGUUUUGAGAUUUUAAAAAGUUGAAUUGAGAUUUGAAAAAGUUGAAUUGUUUAUUAUAUUUUGUAUGAAAAUUUAAGAAAGUUAUACUAAUAAGAUGAGAAGAAAUGCUUUCCUUAUUGGAGCAUUAUUUGAGCUUGAAAUAGACCCCUUGUUACCCUUUUUAGAGUUUUGGCUCGAUUUGCGCACUCCCCCUCUAUGGUUUUUUGUUCCCCCCAAUUAAGGCUACGUUUAGAUGUUGAGUUGAGUUGAAUUGAGAUGAAAGUUGAAAGUUGAAUAAAAUAUUGUUAGAAUAUUAUUUUUUAAUAUUAUUAUUAUUUUGAGAUUUGAAAAAGUUGAAUUGUUUAUUAUAUUUUGUGUUGGAAUAUGAAAAAGUUGUAAUGAUUCGAUGAGAUAAGUUGAUAAGAGUUUAGAGUGUGGUCUUGGAAGUGGUGUUUAUUAUAAUAUCCAAAAGUGGUUCACCCUUAUGAGUUGUGAUGUGGACAUUUGACAGAAGUGGUCGCAAAUUUCUCUCGUGAGAAGGUCGUUGACACCUCAUCAGUAAUCCUUGUUUAUUUUUGUAGAAAUGCAUAUGAAACUGAACUUGCCUGGUAUUUAAUGGUAUGUAUAUGCAAAUGCAAAUGGAUUUAAACUUUCUAGGACGUUGGUCCAGUUUAAUUGUGUGGCAUGGAACUGGUUGAGACUAACUUAGUGGCUGACUUCUCGUCUUUGUUUCUUGGUUUCUUUUGACCAUUCUGUCGUCUUGUUUGGUGUGUCUCUGUGUUGCUUGUGUUCGGCUGGUAUGAGGCCAAACCUGGGGGCCCGAGAUAAUUGUCGGAGCAUAGUUGGCCGAGAUGAGGCUGGAUGGAUGUGCAACCCUUGCCACUGCAUGAUUUCCAGAACCCGUGCCCGUUGCCGUUUUGUGUACGGUGGACUACAAUGUAUUUAAUAGCUACUAUUUUUUCCCAUUUCAAUUGAAAAAGAAAACCAUAUUAGAUACGGUUUACAUGUACACGAAGGCAAUGAAGUUGAAUCGGUGUAGAUA